AUGAUAAAUAUUCUCCUAUUAGGAUCUUUUAGCUUUAUACUUGCUAAAGACCUUUCUUUUUAUCAUAAUUUAGUUGAAAACGAUGUUGUAAGCUUAGCUGAUCAAGCUGCAGCAUGUCCUAAAUACGUUUGUAAGACACCAUCAAUUUCUUUUAGUGAAGACACUUGCAUUUACCUUGAUAUGCCUGCGUCAACUUAUUACGCCCAGCCUUGCACAGAAAGUUCUUUAUCUUGUCAGUCUGGUCCUGAAAAUAACUCGACAUGUAAAGCUCGACCUAGUAUUUACUCAAGCGGCUUCCCAGGUGAAGGAUGUCAGACCUCAGCAGACUGUGCUGUCGAAGACUAUCAAGGAUGCGUUAAUUCUAUAUGCCAAGGGGCUCCAGAAAAUGCUGCAUGUGUAUAUACUUGGCAAUGCAAUCCAGGCCUUACAUGUAAUACCACCACAAAUACAUGCACUCCUCAGUUAAAAAUUGGAGAAACAGGCUGCACUUUACUAACAGAUUGUGUGAAUAACGCAGCUUGCAAUAUAACACAUAACGUUGGGACUUGCUUUGAGCUAGGCUCUUUUGAGCCUCAUGAUUUUGUGAGCGAUUGCAGCUUAAGUAAUGGUGUAUCAGGGACUAGCAACUUAUGCUCUUCGUGGAGCUGUGAGGUGACUAAUAAUGCACAUUUUCGAUGCUUACUUCUCAUCAGGGAGAUUUUUAUAAAACUCGGAGCAAAUUGCUGGAUUAAUUUAUAAAAUUAUAUUUUUAAACAAAGCUGUCUAAAUUUGUAGAAAAAAAAAAAAACUAUAUAAAAUUACCUCCUAUAUACAAAAUUAUUCGUUUUAAAAUAUUUUCAAAUUUAAUGGCUUUCAAAAAAAAAACCUUCUCAAUAUGUCUUACUCAUUAAUAUAUGAGAGUUAGAUCCUGUAAAAUCAAACCAGCAGCUGCCAGUUAAAUGCACAGCCACAGGAAGUUCUGGAUGCGCCUCUAGUAAAGAUGAAUUUUCAGGAAUUCAAGUCCCAGGUGAUUGUGAAUGUGGUUAUAACCCUGAAGGAGAUUCUUAUUGUGCAUUAUUCCCUGGUGACCCUCAAUAUCAAGCGUUUAUCAAGCAAUCUAAUAAAUGGUUUCAAAGCAAAGGCAUUUUCUCGUGCAACACAGCUGCAAGAUUCCAUUUCCUUUGUAUGAAGACUCACUGGGACUCAGAUAAUUAUAACAAGUACGUUUACUAUAAUUAUUUGAUUGAAGAUUAUCCUUUAAUGCAGUCAAGCCUAAGUUGUGUGUUAGACACCAUGCUGGAACCAUAUGCUGAGGCAAAAAAGAGCUACAAUGCUGGCGAUGAUGAUAGUUCAGAUGCUAGCCAUAUCAAGCUUUUAGCAGCAUUUGCGUUGGCUUUUGCUGCUUUUUAA